GGCCAUGGACGAUACCCUGUUCCAGCUGAAGCUCACUGCAAAGCAGCUGGAGAAGCUGGCCAGGAAGGCGGGGAAGGACUCCACGGCGGAGCAGGCCAAGGUCAAGAAGGCCCUUCAGCAGAAGAAUGUGGAGUGUGCACGGGUGUACGCCGAGAACGCCAUUCGCAAGAAGAACGAAGGUGUGAACUGGCUCCGCAUGGCGUCCCGCGUGGAUGCCGUGGCCUCCAAGGUGCAGACGGCCGUGACCAUGAAGGGGGUGACCAAGAACAUGGCGCAGGUGACCAAAGCCCUGGACCGGGCCCUCAGCACCAUGGACCUGCAGAAGGUCUCUGCGGUGAUGGACAGAUUUGAGCAGCAGGUGCAGAACCUGGACGUGCACACGUCGGUGAUGGAGGACUCCAUGAGCUCGGCCACCACACUGACCACACCACAGGAGCAGGUGGACAGCCUCAUCAUGCAGAUUGCCGAGGAGAAUGGCCUAGAGGUCCUGGACCAGCUCAGCCAGCUGCCCGAGGGCGCCUCUGCCGUGGGCGAGAGCUCCGUGCGCAGCCAGGAGGACCAGCUGUCUCGGAGGUUGGCCGCCCUGAGGAAUUAGCGGAGCCCAGCGG